AUCUUCUCCGAUGAAAAUAACUUUAAAAUUAACUACAUCACCUUUUAACAUAUGUUCGAAAAUCAUCAAGGCCCGUUCGAACCUCCAACUAUUUACAACAAAUACAAAUUUUCAAAAGAAGAAUUGUUAGAUAUCAUUACGAAAAUCAAACCUAGCCUCCAAAACAAUAGCAUAAAAAACAGAUUGACCCGUUUUACAAAAAUCUUAAACGUAGAAAUCUAUGAUUCUAAUGAAUCAGAAGUAUAAAUAUUCUAAAUAAUAAUAAACCAUAAGUCCACACAUCUCAAAAAAAAAAAAAAAAAAAAAAAAAAAAAAAAAUGACAAUAAACAAUAACAUUAUAUACUUCAACCAUGUCUCCCCUCACAAUAAAGCACAAUUAGAAACAAUAGUUUAAUUGAAUAUCAACAGUUAUUUCAAAAUCUACCAGACGUUCACCCACUAAUCGCCGCCUUCCAACCCUCAGCCCUGUGUUUACAAGAAACCAACCUAAAAAACAAUAAAAAUAUCCCCAAUCUCAAAAACUACAAAGGCUACUUUAAAAACCGCCAAAACCAAGGCAGAGCCAGCGGAGGGGUCUGUAUUUUCGCUUCAUUAAUGUCAGAACAUGAAAAUAUCCCACUAAAUACUAUACUAGAAGCUAUUGCAAUAAAAAUAUCAUCCAAUAACAGUCAAAAAAUCUGUUUAUGCAACCUAUACGCCCCGGACAGCGCAAAUCUCACUCUUACAGACCUCGAAAACCUCAUAAAACAACUACCUCAUCCUUUCAUACUACUCGGUGAUUUUAAUAGUAGAAAUACUCUAUGGGGAUUUAACUACACUGACAGACGUGGAAGAACUAUUGAAAAACUUUUAGAAAACGAUUCAAUAGUCCUCCUCAACGAUGGUAAUUACACAAGACACAAUUCAACCCACAACAGCUUCUCCGCCAUCGAUUAAUCAAUUGCAUCCGCAUCAUUAGGAAGAUUAAUAGACUGGUCAGUUCAAACUUCAUACAAUAGCAAUGAUCACUGGCCGAUUACCUUAAAACUACUCAAAUCCCAACCAACAGAAAAAUCANGACAGACGUGGAAGAAAUAUUGAAAAACUUUUAGAAAACGACUCAAUAGUCCUCCUCAACGAUGGUAAUUACACAAGACACAAUUCAACCCACAACAGCUUCUCGAUUUAUCAAUUGCAUCCGCAUCAUUAGGAGGAUCAAUAGACUGGUCAGUUCAAACUUCAUACAAUAGCAAUGAUCACUGGCCGAUUACCUUAAAACUACUCAAAUCCCAACCAACAGAAAAACCAACUCCCAAAUGGCUCCUACGAAACCCAAACUGGUCCGCUUUCUCUAACACUAUCGAAAACCUAUUAACAACCAAACAAUUCGAUAUCCUUCUCCAAACAAAUCUCCCAACAGAUAUAGAUAAUAUUGUUGAAACAUUCUCAAACAUUAUUACCCAAGCCGCUGAAUCCACAAUUGGUAAAAGUCAACCUUCCUUUAUAAAAAAAAAGGUCCCUGGUGGAAUGAAACUUAUGAAACAGCAAUCAAAAACUACAAAAUUGCACUAA